AUACAAGGUCUCACUCUGUUGCCCAGGCUGGAGUGCAGUGGUGCAAUCACAGCUCACUACAGCGUUGAACUCCUGGGCAAAGUGAUCCUGUUAUCGCAGCAUCCGGAGUAGCUGGGGAGACACGCGUGCAUCACCACACCUGGCUAAUUUCUAAAGAAAUAUUUUUAGAGACAGGGUCUUGUUAUGUUGCCCAGGCUGGUAUGGAAGUCCUGGUUUCAUGUAUUUCUCUCAUCUCAGCCUCCCAGCUGGCUGGGAUUACAGGCACAAGCCACCAUGCCUGGUCCUAGUGGCUUUAAUUGUCCACUAAAAUCAGUUUAUUUACCAAAGAUUUACCUAAGUCAUGUGAACUUUAAAAAAUGUGAGUUAACUACUAUUUUUCUGAUAAAUUACUUAAGUGCUUAAUUUUUUUCUUUAAGUCAGUUAAAUAGAGCUCUUUCAUACAUUUUGGUAGAAAAUAUUACAUACAUAUAUAGACACAAGAACAUACAGACAACACAAAAAGAUAUUUUCCCUUUUCCCUUUAAAAUUUUAGUCAUGAUACAUUAAAACAGUAAUAUACUGUGCCAUUUAGAAUGUUUAUUUUUGCUCUUUGAAAGUGUUCAGAAACAAGCAGGGAAAACAAAAGAGCCAAAUUAUUUACAGUUGCAUGUAACCAAAUUGACAUGAAACCAAAUGAAGCGUGCUCACAAAAAUUUUAAGCCAGGCUUGCAAAGCAAACAAAAUAUAAAACCGUGUUUGCAGAAAAACCAAAGCAAAUUCAGUAGAAAAUACAUGCCUCACAGAACAUAAGUUCUGUGGGAACCAGAGUACUCUCCAAAAGAACACUUGGCCUUAUACCAGAAGAGGCUUUCCAGAAAAGACAAAAAGUCUUUUGUAGUCCCACAAGGGUUGCAAGGUCCUUAAUUUAAGGUGGCCUUAUAGCCAAAUCCAGAUCCUGAAUAAAGUCGAAAGAACUUACCAAACGAAGGACGUCUGAGAAUCUAAGCGGAGAUUCACCAGAGCAGAGAAGGAAGGCCAUAGAAGCAGAGGCCACAAAAGGGGUCAAUGUUGGUACCUCACUAGAUUCCAGGGGAUGCUGGCCUGUUUGAGGUCAGCUGACUUCAGUCUCACUUCUUGACACAAACUUUAUGUCAACCUAAAUAGCAGACACAGAGAGAAGAUGUCUAAAAGAAAAUUGUAUUUAUUCAGGAAUGAGUAUUGCAAUGGGAAUAUAGUGGGUGUAUUCAGGGAGGUAAAGAAAGACAAGGGCUUUUAAAGGAGAAGUGAGGAGGGUUACAUGAGUUUUUUGAAACAAUUAUCUUUGGCUACAAGGAUCACUAACAAAGGUGGCAGUAGUUCAAGGUUGGACAGCCAGUUGCUGGGCAGCUGUCUUAACCAAAGUAUUUUUGUAUGUGUAAGGUUGUGGUGGCCUUUGUGCAAGGUUGUUGUGAUUUUUGCAGUCUUUUGUGAUCGUUCCUCUUAUCAGGUAUAUGUGCAUGAGAACCUUCUUUUCAUCACCUUCCCUGGCUCCAUUUGUCCUGCUACGGUGACACCAGUCUUUUAGUCCAUACAUUUGACUUCAUGAGGAGUUUGCUAUAAUCAGUUGAAUGAAGAAGAAACAUGUGGACCUGCUUUAUAGAAGGAAUGAUGCCAGGGGGACGAAUAGUUUUGCUGGAUGGUCAUGGACUUCAAAGAAGCAUGAUUGAUAAUUGGUUGACAAGGCAAAUUGACAAUGAGUUAUGCCAUCUCAGAACUAUGACCUUCCCCAGAAGAAGCAGGAGAAAAUGACCAAGUUUCAGGAGGCUGUGACAUUCAAGGAUGUGGCUGUGGUCUUCUCCAGGGAGGAACUGCGACUGCUGGAUCUUACCCAGAGGAAGCUGUACCGAGAUGUCAUGGUGGAGAACUUCAAGAACCUGGUUGCAGUGGGCAGCAAGCAUCAAAAUAAGAUGGAAACACUCCAAAAAUUUGCAUUAAAAUACCUUUCAAAUCAAGAGCUGUCCUGCUGGCAAAUCUGGAAACAGGUUGCAAGUGAAUUAACCAGGUGUCUUCAGGGGAAGAGUUCCCAGUUAUUACAAGGUGACUCUAUUCAGGUUUCUGAAAAUGAGAACAAUAUAAUGAACCCUAAAGGAGAUAGCUCUAUUUAUAUUGAAAAUCAAGAGUUUCCAUUUUGGAGAACCCAGCAUUCUUGCGGGAAUACAUAUCUGAGUGAGUCACAGAUUCAGAGUAGAGGUAAGCAAAUUGAUGUGAAAAAUAACCUGCAUAUACAUGAAGACUUCAUGAAGAAAUCACCAUUUCAUGAGCAUAUUAAAACUGACACAGAACCAAAACCCUGCAAAGGUAAUGAAUAUGGCAAAAUCAUUAGUGAUGGCUCCAAUCAGAAAUUACCCUUAGGAGAGAAACCCCAUCCAUGUGGUGAGUGUGGAAGGGGCUUCAGUUAUAGCCCAAGGCUUCCCCUUCAUCCGAAUGUUCACACAGGAGAAAAAUGCUUCAGUCAAAGCUCACAUCUGCGAACUCAUCAGAGAAUUCACCCAGGAGAGAAACUCAGUAGAUGUCAUGAAUCUGGUGAUUGCUUCAAUAAGAGCUCUUUUCAUUCUUAUCAAUCUAAUCAUACAGGAGAGAAGUCUUAUAGAUGUGACAGUUGCGGCAAGGGAUUCAGUAGCAGCACGGGUCUUAUCAUUCAUUACAGAACUCAUACUGGAGAGAAACCCUAUAAAUGCGAGGAAUGUGGUAAAUGCUUUAGUCAAAGUUCAAAUUUUCAGUGCCAUCAGAGAGUCCACACUGAAGAAAAACCAUACAAAUGCGAAGAGUGUGGUAAGGGCUUCGGUUGGAGUGUUAAUCUCCGUGUUCACCAGAGGGUCCACAGGGGUGAGAAACCCUAUAAAUGUGAGGAAUGUGGUAAGGGCUUCACUCAGGCUGCACAUUUUCACAUCCAUCAGAGAGUCCACACUGGAGAGAAACCCUACAAAUGUGAUGUGUGUGGUAAGGGCUUCAGCCACAAUUCACCAUUAAUAUGCCAUCGGAGAGUCCACACAGGAGAGAAGCCAUACAAGUGUGAGGCGUGUGGGAAAGGCUUUACCCGUAAUACAGAUCUGCAUAUUCAUUUCAGAGUUCACACGGGAGAGAAACCCUAUAAAUGUAAGGAGUGUGGUAAGGGCUUCAGUCAGGCUUCAAAUCUUCAAGUCCAUCAGAAUGUCCACACUGGGGAGAAACGAUUCAAAUGUGAAACGUGUGGGAAGGGCUUCAGUCAGUCCUCAAAGCUUCAAACCCAUCAGCGAGUCCACACUGGAGAGAAACCAUAUAGAUGUGAUGUGUGUGGUAAGGACUUCAGUUAUAGUUCAAAUCUUAAACUACACCAAGUAAUUCACACUGGAGAAAAACCAUAUAAAUGUGAGGAAUGCGGGAAGGGCUUCAGUUGGAGAUCAAAUCUUCAUGCACAUCAAAGAGUUCACUCAGGAGAAAAACCCUAUAAAUGUGAGCAGUGUGAUAAGAGCUUCAGUCAGGCCAUAGAUUUUCGGGUACAUCAGAGAGUCCAUACUGGAGAGAAGCCAUACAAAUGUGGUGUCUGUGGUAAGGGCUUCAGUCAGUCCUCUGGUCUUCAAUCCCAUCAGAGAGUCCACACGGGGGAAAAGCCAUACAAAUGUGAUGUGUGUGGAAAGGGCUUUAGAUACAGUUCGCAGUUUAUAUACCAUCAGAGAGGCCACACUGGGGAAAAACCUUACAAAUGUGAAGAGUGUGGGAAAGGCUUUGGUAGGAGCUUGAAUCUUCGCCAUCAUCAGAGGGUCCACACGGGAGAGAAACCCCAUAUAUGUGAGGAGUGUGGUAAGGCCUUCAGUCUCCCCUCAAAUCUUCGAGUCCACCUGGGUGUUCACACCAGGGAAAAACUCUUUAAAUGUGAAGAGUGUGGUAAAGGCUUCAGUCAGAGUGCACGUCUUGAAGCCCAUCAGAGAGUCCACACUGGAGAAAAACCAUACAAAUGUGACAUAUGUGAUAAGGACUUCCGUCACCGUUCACGUCUUACAUAUCAUCAGAAAGUCCAUACUGGUAAAAAGCUUUAGAAAUGAGAAAUGUGUUACCAGCUUUUGUCUGAAUGCACAUCUUCAAGUUUUUGGCUAGUCCAUGCUGGUGGUAAACCCUGUAAAACUACUGAGAGUGGAAGGGGGUUUGUUCACACUUGGAAUCUUUCUAACAAAUCCAUCAAGAUGAUAACACAGAACCAUGAACAGGAAUAGAACUCGUAUUUAGGGGAGAAAUAGGGCUUGUGGCUCUCUUGGUAAGAUCUAGUUAAUAUAAAUGAUCACCUUUCAUUGUGAAUAUAUGCCUGAAGGUAAUGUGUGGAAGGAUAUUUGCCAUAUGCUAACUGGUUUUUUGGCCAGGGAGAGUUUUGGGUUAUUAUCACUUUUCUUUAAUUUUCAUUUUAUACUUACAGUGAUCAUUAUUUUCAUAAAAGCUGUAAAGCUAUGAAAAAUGAAUAAAAUUACUAAAAAUUUUCUGUA